AUCUAAGCAUUCUCUAAGAAAACAAAGUCAAACCCAAAAUCUCAUAAAGAAUAAUGGGAGAAACAGAAGAGAAAGUGAAGAACCAUGGUGAUAAUAAAGAAGAGGAACACAACAAAGUUGAGAAAACAGAGAAGAAGGAGAAGAAGGAUAAAGAUAAGAAGGAUAAGCACGAGGACGAUAAAAAUGGCGGAGGAGAAGAAGGAGAAGACCAAGAGAAGAAGAGCAAGAAGAAAGAUAAGAAGGCGAAGAAAGAGAAGAACCCUGAAGAUAAGAAAGAUCCUCAGAAGUUGAAGACGAAGCUUCAGAAGAUUGAAGACAAGAUUCAAGCUAUGGUCUUAAAGAAAGAUGAGAUUCUGAAGCUUAUUCAUGAGGCUGAACAAGCUAAGCCUAGUACUGCUGCUGUAGAUGCACCACCACCAACUAACUAAACUGAUUCCAAACACAAAAUAUACAAUAAGUUAAUUAAUAACAAAUUCUGAUGAAUGUCAAUAUCAGAAUACCUUGGCGUGCUAUAUAGGUUUUAAUUUUGUUUUGUUUGAUACCAAUGAGAGUUUAAUUUGCUUGUUAAAUAUGUGUUGUAAAUUGUACAACAACUAUAUGUUUCGAAUAUAAGAC